UUCAACUCCUUUCCACUCCAUCGAAAAACGCCAUUUCCUCUUUGUUUAUCCAAACACCCAAUUCUCUCUCUCUCUCUCUGUGGAGAGAAAGCAUGGUCUCAACUUCACUCUCAAUUCUCUCAUCUACAUCCUCGUUUCCCUCCAAUUCCAACGCUUACACCGAUGCUUCUUCCACUUCUACAAGUUUUAAAGUCAGGCCCUUUGAAUCAUCCACACGAAGCCUUAAAUUUCCCAAAGCCUCAAAGCUAGCUCCUUUCAAGGUCUUUGGUUCUUCUUCAAUCAACCCAAUUGAGGAUGGCUCGGCUGAGCAAUUUUUACGAAACAAUUCGAUUGCGGAUUUCAUGAGGUUCAAAAGGGGCGUUGAUGGAGGCACUGGGGAGUUGCAAACUGCGGUUGUUAGCUACAAAAAGAGGUUCCCUUGGUCGCUUUUGAGGCCUUUUCUUCAGGUUGAUUUGGUUUCGACAAUUCACAUCGCGGAUAAGGAGUACUUUGAGACCCUGCAAAAGGAACUUGAGUCCUAUGAUUGUGUCCUUUAUGAGAUGGUAACAAGCAGGGAGAGUUUAGAGAACAGAAGAAUCCUUGCCGCCACAAAAAGACUCAAAGUCAAAGGUUCACGCUCAAAAGGAUUUAACAUUCUGGGAUGCAUUCAGAGACAGAUGGCUCGAUUUCUGACGCUUGAUUUCCAAUUAGACUGUCUUGAUUACGAGUCUGAGAAUUGGUACCAUGCAGACCUCGACUUCGAGACUUUCCAAUUGCUUCAGCAAGAAAAAGGUGAAAGCUUCUUCACAUUUGCAAGAGACAUGACUGUUAGAUCCACGAAAGCUAUGAUUCAAACUGCUACAAUCCCAGAAGGCCUUGGUCCUUGGAGAUCUAAGCUUAAGUGGGCUGCACGCGUGCUUCCUAUGCCACUUGUCGGCCUUCUCAUUAUUGGAGGUGUCUGUGCAGACACGGGCAGUGAGGACUCAGAAUUUCCAGAAUUUGAAGCCUUGUCUAGGCUUGAUUUUGGUGCAGCAAUGAAGGUCUUCUUGGCAAAGAGGCUAACAUCCGAAUUCACGCAGGCUACGGCUGAUGUAGAAGAGAGCUCUGUGAUUAUUGGUGAGAGAAACAGAGCCGCCAUGGAUGCACUUAGAAAAGCAAUUGACGGUGGAAAUAACAGGAUUGCAAUACUAUACGGAGGGGGUCACAUGCCGGAUCUCGGGAGGCGAUUACAAGAGCUGGAGCUGAUCCCUACUCAGGCGCAGUGGAUAUCUGCGUGGUCCAUAAGAAAGCAGGAUUUGAAUAGCAGUUCCCUUCCAUUUCUGAAGAAAAUGGCUGAAGUAUCAGGUUGGCCUUUGAACCGCUACCAGACUUUGGCGUUGCUCAUAUUUUCCUCAGUGCUUGCAUUGGAUCUCUGGUUUUGGGAGCUCUUUUUUGGCACUGCUGUGAACUGGUCCUAUCAACUUGCUUCACAGGUUUCUGAAUAUAUUGAUAACUCAGGGAUGAGUUUGUAGAAUUGUCUCCCAGUCUCAUUGCUCUAAUUCUUUAUAUGUAAAUACCGUAAAAAGAAAAAAGAAAAAUCUCUGAUUGAGCUUGUGCAAUGUUUGACCAGGCCAAUACUGUAUGUAAAGAGCAAACUCAGACUGGUCUGCUCUUCUCCAAGCAAAGAUUAUUUUGAGAAUUGAAUUGUCGUUUGUUUAUAUAGUAGUUUACAAAA